UGUGCUGUGUUUCCUUCCACAACACAAUCACACUAAAGCUGUUAUUACUACUUGGAAAUCGUGUUUGGUUUGAAUCCGGUAAUUCCCGAUUGAUUCAAGAUCAGUACACGAUCAGCGAGUACCGGCUGAGGAGCUGAAUCGUGACUUUAAAAGUUUAUCUCCAUUAAUAUGAAAAAUAUUGUGAUAGCACUUUUUUUAACAAUUAGCGCAUUUAAAACGGGACAUGGAAAAUCGAGUUGUGGCAUGGAAAAAUUUCAAUGCAAAAAUGGAGAUUGUAUAGAAAGUAUAUUAUUAUGUGAUGGGGAAGCAAACUGCAAGGAUAAAUCUGAUGAAACAGUUGCAGAAUGUAGUCAAGCAGACAUUAAAUGCCCACAUACUGCAUUUCGAUGUGCAUAUGGUGCUUGUGUAGAUGGAGAUGCAACUUGUAAUGGAGUAAAAGAUUGUGUUGAUAACAGUGAUGAAACAUUGCCAAAAUGCAAUACUUCAAUUAGUUCAUCUUCAGAAUGUCGAGACAAUGAAUUCAAAUGCAACAAUGGGCAAUGCAUUGCUAAAAAUAAUCUGUGUGAUGGCAAUGCAAAUUGCUCUGACGGUUCAGAUGAAACGUUUAUUCAAUGUGGAGGAAUCUUGUGUGAACAAUUAUUUUUCCGAUGUCGUUACGGUGCUUGCAUUGAGAAUGAUUUAAAAUGCAAUGGAGUAAUAAAUUGUGUAGAUGGCUCGGAUGAAAAUCCAACAUUGUGUGGAACAGUUUCAUCAACUACGGAACGUCUAGAACCACCCAUAACACCUUUGAUAACAAGUACUCUCCCUCCUUAUGUGCCAUCAGUAACUUGUAAAACACCAUCACAACCACAAAACGGUGAUUGGAAAUUGCAUAAAUCACAAUGCCAAUCUGGAGAGCACUGUCAUGUCGGACAAGACUUUCAGUUCCAGAUAGGAACACAUUUGGUUUACAGUUGUAAUCGUGGAUUUAGGAUUAAAGGUUCUACUGAUGUUUUCUGUGGUAUAAGUGGUGUAUGGUACAAAAUACCUGAGUGUGAAGAGGUACGCUGUACAAAUCUAAAUUCAGCUUCAAUAGUUGCUGAUUGUAAAUACCCUGGACCAGAUUUUAUAUCAUGCGAUUCACCUAAACCUGGUACAAUAGCAACUUUAAAAUGUCGCGACAGUUAUCGCGAGGACAGAACACUGCCAUCGCCUACAACUGUCAGGUGUAGUGAUAAUGGUGAAUGGACUCCACAACCACUGAGAUGUGUUCCAGUGUGCGGUAUCAUUCCUAAAUCAACUACUCCACUUAUUGUAAAUGGAACUACUGCUAAUAUUACUGAGUUUCCAUGGCAUGCAACACUUUAUAGAGCUGUAACACCGACUGCACCGAAAGAGUUUAUUUGUGGUGGAACCAUUAUUCACGAGAAGUUAGUAAUUACUGCAGCUCAUUGUGUUUACGAUGAAAAUAACAGACGUAAACACGAUGCCUCUAAAUUUUUUAUAGCGACGGGUAUCAUGUAUAGAGAUUAUGAUUCUCCAUACCACAAUAAUAUUACAUUAGUACGAACGGGGGUAAAAAAAGUCCAUGUUUCUUGCGAUUACAACGGAAUAUUUGGAGCUUACAAAGCAGACAUAGCUAUAUUAGAGGUAGCUAAUCCUUUUGUAUUUUCGACAUUGUUACAACCUAUAUGCUUAGACUAUUCCAGCAACAUUAUAUUAGAACCUGAUAUGAUUGGAAGAGUAGCAGGAUUUGGUAGAACUGCUUUGGGCCCAUCUAGCUACAUAUUGCAAACAAUUAAAGUACCAUAUAUUUCUAAUAGGAAGUGCAAAGAAGAAAGCAACAUCUUUGAGACUGAAAAUUAUAUCACAUACGAUAAGUUCUGUGCUGGUUACACGAACGGUUCAUCAGUAUGCGACGGCGACAGUGGUGGUGGACUAAUUUUCCAAUGGAGCAACCUAUGGUAUUUGAAGGGCAUUGUUAGUGUUAGUCUUGGAACAAAAGUGGUAGGAGGAACUAGGCAAUGUGAUAGUUCCACAUAUUCUUUAUACACUGCUGUUUCUGUUCAUAUGCAGUGGAUGGAGGACUUUAUUCUUGGAGUUGAUAAUAUCCAGAGAUUCCAUACAUCAUGUGAUAAAAACUUGAAAUAGUAUAAAAAUACUAUAUGAGACAAAUACAUUGUAGACCAUUGAAUAUUAUCAACUAUUAAUAAUAUUUAAGUAUAAGUUCUGUAAUAUUACAAAUCAUUCCGAGACAAUAAAGAAGCAGCAAUAAUUUUGUAAACAUAAAAUCAAACUAAACCAAUACACUUUUAAAACUUACAGUCAGCAAGCAGGAAAUCAUGAAUAUUGUUUACAUAAUAAGUUCUGGAUGCCAUUUUAUUACAAUUAUCAGAAUCGUGAAAAUUCGCAAAUAAAAAUAUAUAUAUAUAUGGAUUAUACA